UAUUUCUGAAAUGAGAAGGAGAAUUAACUGGUAUCAAAAUUCACAUUUCCUUUUUGGUGCAAUUCUCCAGCCAAACUGGGUGCUAACCGAGUAGGCGAUUUCACUUCACCGUCACUUCACAAAAGACUUCCAAAUUCACUGCAGCAGACCGCGAAGUAAAAUGUUAAGUACAUCCUAGCUGAGAGGAGACGGAAGCCUUCACGCUCAAUCAAAGGUUUGCAAUAAUAGGAUUCAUAAAAAUUUAAAAAAAAAAAAAAAAAAGGAAAAAAGACAGAUGGGAUUAGAAAAUGUUGCAGUGAAGACUGUGGAAUGAGAUGAGCUCACAGCCCAGAGCCCAGCCUGUCUUUUGUGGACCUACACAAUGAUCGGAGAGCCAGACUGGAUUAGGAAAGCUCACGACUAGGGGUCCAGAGAGAGGCUGCCGGUUCCCGGGCAACUGAGGGAGAGAAGGCUGAAACGAUGCAUCAGAUUUACAGCUGCAGCGAUGAAAAUAUAGAAGUUUUCACCACCGUGAUCCCUUCCAAAGUGACCAGCCCAGCCAGGAGAAGAGUCAAAAGUUCUCAACAUCUCUUGACUAAGAAUGUGGUCUUUGAAUCAGACCGGUACACGCCAAGGCCUCUGGAGCUGCUGCCACACCGCACUGACCGCUGGGACACAGGUGACAGCCGCAGGUUCGGCUGGGUCCAGAACGCUCGGCCACCAAGGGCGCAUCCUGCCAAAACUCCCACCAGACCAGUGGGGAUUUCUGAACCCAAAACAUCAAAUCUGUGUGGAAAUCGAGCAUAUGGAAAAUCAUUGAUGCCUCCUGUGGCCCGGAUCUCUGUGAAAGCUCCAGCUGCAGUCGAGGCAGCAGCCUCAGGCUCAGAGAACGGAGCUGUUCUAGGGAGAGGAUCCAGACACCUUAAGAAGAUGGCCGAAGAAUAUCCAACCCUCCCCCAGGGAGGGGAGGCCUCCCUCCCACUGACAGGCAGCGCUUCCUGUGGUGUCCCAGGCAUCCUCCGGAAAAUGUGGACCAGGCACAAGAAAAAAUCAGAAUAUGUGGGAGCCACCAACAGCGCCUUUGAGGCUGACUAAAGAUGACCCUUCCCAGGUUCCUUGCAUUGGCCAAGGUUCACAGGACAAGGGAAGACAGAAAUCUGAAGACUAGGACUGAGCCACACUCACCUCUCUUGGCAGUUGGUCCAAAAACAUCAUCUUCCCUCACCAGCUAAUCACCCUGGUUCAGGGCACAAGAAAGGGGCGUGUCUGGAAGGCAAAAGGAAACUGUUAUUAAGAAUGGUUGAAGCCAUUGGUCUGAAAGUUGCUUUAGGAGGUCUUAAAGUUUGUAUCCCUAUCUUUAGGAGAAGCUACACUAAAAUCAAACUUUCCCAGCCCAUCUUAAAGACCUCCAAAGAAAGAAAAAGGCAAUUCUUCUGUCUUCAUUGUCAGUUUUUCCGAAAUGUAUGAUUUCUGAUGUAAAAGCCUGACAUUUGAGUAGCUUGUCGACCCAGUGAUUCUCCUUUUUGCCAUUUCAUGUUUGGUUCACCUUGAUGAGAUACAAUUUUUAAGGACAAAGCACUAUGUACUUACUUAGUAGUUCUGUUUACUUGACAGUAUCAUUAAGAUCAAUUUUGAAGAUCAUCCGGCAUGAUUGCAUGAAUUCUAUAUUCUUUUCUGUGUAGUUUUUCUAUGGAAAAACAUUAAUGUUCUUGUUUUCUUACAUAAGUUAGUAAAACAAAUAACACCAUGCUUUUGUACAAUAAUUUUAACUUCUGAAAGUGAUUUUCCAUCUAUUAUCUCUGCUUAUCAUGACAAAACCCCCAUUGAAGAAAGUAUUGUCAUCCCCAGUCUACACAUGGGAAAAAUGAGGCAUCUGGAGGUUAUAUCACUAGAAGUAGAACUGGCUACCAGACACUAGUAGGUUACAAGGCUAGUUAGUAGAACUAGUUACCAGGUCCUCAAUUUCUUUCUAGCAGACUCCCUUCUCUGCUUACCUAGCAACUGACACAAGGCAGUUUACAAAUUAUAGGAUCAUGUCUCGGGGGCAUCAUUUGAAGAGAAGAACCUGAUAAAGUUGGAAUAAGUAAGUGAUUUGAAUGAAAUACAUAAUUCAUUGGAUUGAACCAGAAGAAAGUGCCAUUUCUGUAGAUCAAAAACAACUGAAUAUUCACUUCAAAUGAUUCAACCUAACGUAUGAUACUUUCCUCCCUUCAGUGGAAAUGUCAUUAUCAAUUUCAUUGUCAACAUCAGUAGCCUGAAAAUGAUUAUGUUAAAAACACUAACAAUAUCUAUCGUGUAUUAAAUGCCUACUGUGUGCCAGGUGUGAUACUGGGCACCUUGCAUAAACUGUCCUAAUCUUCCAGAGUUAAUCUUCCUUUCCUAAUCUGCUCUGAGUUAGGUAGCCUUACCAGUUUCAGACCUUGACAGUAAUUCAAGGAGGUUAAAUAACUAGUCUGAAGGCACCUAACUUAUAUUAACUUGAAGCUUCAAUGCCUGGGUUAUAUCUACUCCUUCACACAAGAUAGUUCAGAACAUAGCGAAGGAUUUAAAUUAGUAAAGAAUGCUCAUCUCAACACUAGAGAUGCUGUGUGGAGAAGAAAUCUGGGGUGGAAAAGCACAGUGAUCAAUAAGCAAUGCCUCUCUGUGGAAGGGAUUAGUGAAACAGGUCUUGUAUAUUUGUCAUCUGUGACCUGAAAUCUACCCACAAAAGGCUUGUUUUCUAUUUAAGAGAUUUAAAUUGUUUCAACAUACAUAAUGAAGCUAGAAAUUUUCAUUAAAGUGAGAUUUAGCUUAGGACUGCAUUGGAAAUUGCCAUCUCUUGGUAAAAGCAGAAUUUGAUCAUUCUUGCUCUCAGACAUAAAUGAUAUUUUGAUUGCUGCUCUGUGGCCAGGUCUUGCCUUCUGCUCUCUCCAGGUUUCCUGUUUCUGCAUCUCCAGGUGAACUGUAAGAAGGCAUGAGGAAGUACAAAGGGCCUGGACAUCAGGCUUUCACCUUGCUGAUAUCUGAUCUUUAUCACUCUUUUAGACUCUGAGUAUCUGAUGCUACUAUCCAAAAAUGAUUUGGAGAUGGGCACCAAGUGCUUUUUCAGUGAGGAGCUAGAGGGUGGGGUCCAGAGCAAAGCUAGGGAGCAAACAGGAACCUAUGCUGAGUCUCCUACAACUACUUACGUUAACUUAUUACUGAUAUCUUUUAUUUGUAUGUGGCAACUGGAGCUUUAUAUAGAAUAGAACAAACAUAUUUAUUUUAACUUGAAUAAACAGUGAAGUGUUUGCCUUGUGCAAUACAUUUUAUUGGCUAACUCAAAUAAAAAUAAGGUCGGUUUUGUGUCUGACAUUAAUAAACCACUGAAAAAGUA